AUGACAUGGUUGGAUGAAAUGGACACCGUGGUUGAUAUCAGUGGUUGCGCUGAUAAGGAUGUUGUAAAGUUUGUAUCUCAAUCAUUCAAAGGAGAGGCACUAGCCUGGUGGAGAUCCUUGAUCCAAGCUACUGGGAAGAUCCCAUUGUGCAAUCUGUCUUGGGAUCAGUUUGUGACGUUGAUCAAAGAGAACUACUGCCCUCAACAUGAGGUUCAAAAGAUUGAGUAUGAUUUCUUGUCUUUGGUUAUGAAGAACCUGGAUUGUCAAGCCUACCUUAGAAGCUUCAAUACUAUGUCAAGAUUGAGAUCGCUGAGAAACACCGAUGCUGAAAAGAGGAAGCGUGAGGAUGAUUACUCACGGCGUUCAGAUAAGAAACACAAAGGGAAUUCCGACCACAAAAAGAGUUCUGGAACUAAAAAGGAUGGUCAUCAGUCGGGUGAUAAGCCCAAGUGUAAAAUCUGUAAGAAGCACCAUUUCGUGAAGUGCAGAUAUGAGUCGAAAUCCCAGUCACAGCCGAGAGCUUGUGGGAUUUGUAAGUCAAGUGAGCACAAGACCUUAGACUGCAAGAAAAUAAAGGACGCAACGUGCUACAACUGCAACGAGAAAGGGCACAUCAAGUCCAACUGCCCAAAAUAUGCGAAGAGGCUGAGGAUGGGAAAAAGACCAAUGCUAGGGUCUUCCAGAUGA